UACCGACGUCACUUCGCACGUUAGAAGCGAAUGAAGGGAAUUGAGUGUAGUAACCCGUACUUUUGCUUAUGUUUGUUGUCUUCUAUUGAAAGAGUGAAAUACAAUUUAGAACGUGUAUUAUUGAAAAACGUGUGCACACGAAUAGAAAUAGAAAUUAGAAAUGACUAAUUCGAAGUAAACUAACAAGAAACAAAGUGUUUAAAAUACUGUAUUAUUUUCACGAAUGGCGGUUAAAAGAGCACAACGGCACACACGUGCAUCGCUGAAAAAGUCUGCGAAACACAUAUUUGAAAAUAAAAAACGACAGAAAGUUGCGAACAGGGAAGACACCGAAAGCAGGAAAACACUCAUUAUCGCUCAAGAAAUCAGAUUCGCUCGGUUAUUGUCGAGUAACGAUAAAAGAGUUCGAGAUAAAAUACUUAAAAAUUUGAGGAAAUGGUUGACAGUUCGGUCAAAAAGUUCAUUUGUAUUUACAGAAGCAGAUUUCACACGUCUAUGGAAAGGACUAUUCUAUUGUAUGUGGAUGUCGGAUAAACCUUUAGUUCAAGAGGAGUUAGCAGAAUCUCUUAGUAAAAUUGUACAUUGCUUUGAUGAUAAAGAUUUAGUAUUGCUUUAUACCAAGUGUGCUUUUAGAACAUUAGGCACAGAAUGGUUGGGUAUAGAUCAGUACAGAUUAGACAAAUUUUGUAUGCUAGUAAGAAGAAUGAUUCGUCAAACAUUUAUAAAAUGUAAAGAAAGAUCAUGGGACGUAGAAUGGGUUAAAGGUUUCACUGAAAUACUCGAUAAACUGUUUGUAGAACCAAAAAUAUGUCUUGGUUUCAAAAUGCAUAUAACAGAUAUAUUCUUAGAAGAACUGUCAAAGGUCAGUGAUGGAUGUAUACCUGAAGAUGUAGUUACAGAACUUGUUCAACCAUUUGUUUCGUAUUUUAUAAUUAUGGAUGAUGAACGACAAAUUAGGCAUGUUAUGAGACAUAUUUUUAGGUAUUUAAUCUUUCAAUCGGAUGUUGGAAUGGAUUACAUGGAAAAAUUUCAAGCCUGGAGAGCUGCUGGCUUCCCUAAUGGUUCCAUUGAUGCGGUAGAAAAAAUUGAAGUAUCAGACGAAGAAGCAGAAUACAGUAAUACAGCUAAAACGAAGGAUGUUUCGCGAAGUAAUACAGAAAAAGUAUUAGAUCCAAGAGCAGGAAGAGUAGAUGUCGAAUUGCCACAAAUACCUUUUAAUCCUAAAAAGAUUGUGACGCUAUUAACACAAUAUAAGUUUCAUCCCUCGUCAACAACAAAAUCACGCAGACAACUGCAGCAUCUUAUCAAGGAAUUCGUACAAUUGUCAGGAGGCAAAAUGCCCCUUGGUGUUCAGGAGAUAAGAGUUCCAAAUGUACGAAAGAAGGAUACAGACACGAAAUUAGCUGCAAAACGUCUCUUGCAGUUCGAGAAGGAGUUGUAUUCUGAUACAACCUCCAAAAAACGUAAAAGGAAACGAGAUACGGAGUUGCCAGAGGAUAAAAAGAAUACAUUUAGCGAAGAAGAGUCAAAAGAUAAUAGCAAUGAAAAUGAUGUAACAAGAAGGAUGGACACUGCUGGAAAGAAAAGAAAGAAAAUGAAAUUUGAAACAACGACAAUUUCUAGCAAAUCACAAAUUAAUUCACAAAUAUUGGAUACAUGUACCCCUGUGUCGCAGAAGAAAAAAUGUGAAACAAAAGAAAAAAUUCUUAAUAGUUGUAAAGUAGAUAUAGAAGAAAAUAAUAGUAAAGCAAGAAAAGAUCCAUUUCAGGUAGUUAAGAAUAUUAAUGGAUAUAAGAAAAAGAAACUGAAGAAAAGUGAACCCGCAGCUGCCAAUAUUCCACUAGUUGAAAAGAAAACGAAAGUCAAGGUUUGUAAUCAAUGGGAUGUUUCUGAUAAUACAACGGCUUUAACCGAUAACGAUAGAAAAUCAUGUUCAAAAGUUGCAAAAAAAUCAAUCGAGAAGGAUCAUCUUCAGAAGAAGAAUGCACCUAAACAGCUACCAACAUGGAUGUUACCGGUAUUAAAGAAAAUAGAAAAUGAAAAGAAUAAUAUAGGACAUAAAAUACCAGAGCAAAAUAAAGUGGACAAUGUUUCGAGUUCGAAAAAACGUGUAAAAAUUGCUCUUCAACGUAAUACUGCUCAACACACGUCUGAAUAUAUUCUGCAAGUUCAAAGAAGUCCAUCAAUUCCGUACGAUGCGAACAAAAAACCAUUAGUAGGAGUACUGAAAGCAAGUCCCAUGGGGAGUCCGAUAAAUCCGUUUUACAGAAAAAGGGGUUGAACGAGAUCAUUUUUAACUUAACAACAAAAGAUGUAAUUAUUUGUUAAUAAAAUAAUAAAUAAUCUUUUGUUAAUUC